GUACACGCAGGCAGCCACACACCGACAUCGACACCGAGUGAGGUCUCCGAUAACACACACGAUGUUACUCCAGUGUUUACGUUCAUAACGGAUUAAGACGUCAACUGUGAGGCCAAUGGAGCGCUAUGAGUCUCUGGGUCUGGUCGGGGAAGGCAGCUACGGCACGGUUCUGAAGUGCCGCCAUCGAGACUCGGGUCGUCUGGUCGCCAUCAAGAAGUUCAUGGACUCGGACGAUGACAAGACAGUGAAGAAGAUCGCCCUGAGGGAGAUCAAGCUGCUGCGGCAACUUCGUCACGAUAACCUGGUGAACCUUCUGGAAGUAUGGAAGCGCCGUCGUCGUUGGUAUCUGGUGUUUGAGUUUGUGGAGCGGACGCUCCUCGAUGAUUUGGAGCAGAACCCCAACGGCCUGGACCUGAACACCUCUCGCCAGUACCUUUACCAGAUUCUAAGAGCGACUGCUUUUUGCCACCAGCAAAAUGUCAUCCAUCGUGACAUUAAACCAGAGAACGUCCUCAUAUCACACGGAGGUGUGGUAAAAUUGUGUGAUUUUGGUUUUGCCCGUACCGUGGCAUCACCUGCAGAGGGCGGAGUGUACACAGACUAUGUGGCCACGAGAUGGUACAGAGCCCCGGAGCUUCUGGUGGGGGACACCAAGUAUGGGAAGCCAGUAGAUGUGUGGGCUUUAGGUUGCCUGUUGAUGGAGAUGCUAACUGGCCAGCCUCUAUUUCCUGGAGACUCUGACUUGGACCAAAUACACCACAUUGUUAGGUUCUUUGGUAACCUGGCAGCUCAUCACCAAACACUAUUCUACAGGAAUCCUGUAUUUUCUGGUGUAAAACUACCAGAGAGCUUCAGCAAAGUUCCUCUAGAGCAUCGAUACCCGGCCAUUUCUCCGAUGGUGUUGGAGCUGGCUCAGGGUUGCCUCCAGAUGGAUCCAGAAAGACGAACUGAAUGUUCAAAACUCCUAGAGUAUCCUCUAUUUGUCCAUGAUUCUUUUCAUAUCAGGUUUGUGGAGGAACUUAAUGCCAAGAUUCAGAAAGAACACAGAGAGAACUCCACCCUCCCCAAAAUCACAAAGACACCCACCCAAGGAGUGGAUGAAGAGGAUAAAAGAACCUGGAAAGGGGAGAAAAUGAAGAUAGAUGAAAAGAUGGACAAAGCAAAAGGAAAACAGUCAAAGGUGUCUAUGGCCACCCGUGAUAGCUCAGAACCCUCAGUGAAACCACCAAAAGGCAGCAAAGCAACCGACAGUACAGCAAAGAUAAGCUUAAAAAACAAACCAACAAAAUGCGCUGACAAACCCAAAAUAAUUCAGACACCUCUACAGGAAGGAUCCAGCCUCCAGGACAAUGCUGGCUCAAAAACAGAGAAAUCUCCAGAUCAUAGAGAUGGCAAAAUAAAGCCUAAAGAUGCACCACGUUUUCCAAUGUCCAGAGAAAACACAGCAGAAUCAAAGCCUGGGGGGUCAAAAUAUUCAGAGUCAAGCCAAACUUCUCAGCCAAGCUAUCACACAAACGUGCCUACUAUCUUAAAUAAAUCUGCCUUUUCAUCUCAAGAACAUGAAGCUGAUGUCAGCACACCAUCAAUGUUGAGUCCAACUGCUGAACCGGUGGAGGUCCGACCUUCGGAAGGAACAGUGACUCAAACCUUAAGCCUUAUUUCUUUCACAAAACAAUCAAAAAAUACCUCACAGAGUCAGACAAACCAAAAGACCUCAAACCAGAAGCUGACUGGAGACAGUCCAAAGCCAUUCUCGUCAAAACCUGUGUUCAAAAACGCUGCCUCAAAUUCAAUGGCUGGUGCUCAGGUGUCCGGCAAGAUGGGAAGUACCCUCUCAAAGCCCCUCGCAGGGCGGCCACCACUGCAGUUUUCUAAAGUUUGUGUGGAGAUUCUUAAAAAAGGAAACCAAAGGUUUGAAUCAACAAGUGAUGCCAAAAAUGCUACCAAAAAGAACUCAAAAGCACUUGGGGAGUUGACAGAACCUGCGGUCGCACUCAGGAAUGCACAACACGGGCAUCACUCUUCAAAGGACAAAAACCCAGAGAAUGAACCACAGGACGACAAACUGGUGCCUCAGUGCCUUUCGAGAAAGGAUUACUGGCAGGACAGUGAACCAUCUGAGUCUGUCGAGAGUCAUGAUCAAGAUGACCCCAUGACUAAGGCUAGCCCUGACCAUAGAGUGCUCCGAUUUGAAGAGACUCCUGUCGCCAACACAUUAAUCAUGUCAGACCGAGAGACUCUGUUUUUAGCAAGUCAAACAACUGUUCAAGGCACCAAUAGAUCACUGAAGAUUGACUACGCAAAAUCUGUGAUUGGGCACCUGAAAGUGCCGGGUACUUUGAAGAAUCACACAAGAUCUCCUCUGGUUUUGCUCCCAAGCUGCAAUGAGACAGACAAACAGGACAAACAGAUGGAGUUCAGAAAUACUUCAGAUCCAAUGUCUAUCACCGCAGGAACCUCCAUCAUGAGCUCAAACAUGGACAAUGUGGAUCUUGGUGAGGCCGAUGUUCAGAAACGUAGCGCUCCCUCUCCUCCUCCUCCCCCUCCACCUCCUUCGAGCACCCCUCUUCUAAUCCCCCCAUCUGCCAUCAUGCCGUACUUGUUCAGUGUAACUGGCCAAAACCAACCUGCCUGCCAUCAUCGUCAUGUGGAUUUCAGGCAUCAAUCUUGGACUUUCACCAAUAGGUACCAAGGUAGCAUUUACAGUCGCCACUCACUCUCCAGCCACUUGACAGGUUCCAACCCAGCUCAGCUGAUGGAGAGGAGUGUCACCUGCGAACGCUUCUUUCCGUCUGACCUCUGCAGCCUGAAUGUUUCUGAACCCAGGAGGAAGCUGGAUGUUCAGUUCCCUGAUGUAAAGAGUCCAGUGCUGCCUGAUGUCCAAGGAAGAGAUAGUAAACAAAGCAAGUGUGUGAGAAAGGAAAAAGACCAUACACGGUCAGAACUGCCACCGGAACCUGGACCUGAUGAGAAGUGAUACUUUGCCAUCUCCUUCACCUCUGGGACUCAACCUGCAAUGUGCACAGUCAACAAAUGUACAAAGGAAAAGAAAUGAAAUAAUAAUGCAGAUACAAAAAGCUCUCUGGACACCAUGUAUAGAUGCGAACUGUUACUCAAUGCCUGGGAUUGUUCUUUGUGGACACCAGUCACAGCAUAUUGAUAACUACGAUGAGAGUUAAACUCUAUUUUCAGUAAGGAGUUGAGGAACGGUUAAGUUCUGCUGUAGUUACAGCAGUAUUUUAUGUGUCAAGACCGGAGCAAGACUAGUGAAGAGGUAGUCUACUACUAGUCUCACCCCCCACCUCAUUAGUUUUGGUCUUGACUGCAGCACCAUUGUAUGAGACAGCGUCCUCAUUUUCAGAGCUCAGUAGGUGGCGCUCUUGGCUUAAAAAUGGAAUAAUUGAAAUGGUUGUUUAAAUGCAAAGACUUUGGAGCAAAGAGUGCCAUCUAGUGGGCUCUGAAAAUGAUGCCACUGUUUCAUGAAGCCUUAAAAGCCCAUCUUGGAUGAUGGAUCUAAAUGAUAGAUUGAUAUUGUACAUUGAUAAUGCAUCAGUCAUUUUAAGCAGGGUGAAUUAUUUUAGAAGAUCAUUUCAUUUUCUUAAAUACAUGAUUUUAUUAUGACAAUAUCGUCAUGGGUCACAUACUCCAAGUGAG